AUGGGAAAUUGCGGCUCAAAAAAGGCCGAGAAGACGGUCGUCGAGCCAGAGGAGCCGAAGCCGAGCGCGGUGCCUGAGGAGCCGGUGGAGGAGGAGCCGGUGGCAACGGAGAAGCCGUCGCCCGAGGCGGAGGCGGAGCCCGCGCCAACCGAGGAAGAGGCCGAGGCUCCCAAUGCCUUUUCGGCGCGCGAGGACCCCGACCCCGUGGUUCCCAAAGGCCUCCCGGACGUCAACGUCUGGCAUCCGCAGAGCGAGAUGGAGGUGCAGGGGAUCGUUCGCCAGGCCCGCGCCGAGGGGAAGAAGGUGCGCGUCGUGGGCUCGGGGCACUCGGUUUGGGAUGCGGUGGUCCCCGCGGGCUUCGCGCAGACCGGCGAGGGGGAUUGGCUCAUCGUCUUCGACAACAUGCGCGAGCUCGCCAUGGACGGGACGCGGGUCCGAGCCCAAGCCGGGAGCAACCUCGGCGUCUCGCCCCGCCUGCCCCACUUCGAGCCCAUCACCACCGAUGCGGCCCUCGCCCCGAGCGCCCAAAACCUCACUCGCCCCUUCUCGUGGGAAGAGAGCCUCUGCUACUUUCUCGACCAGCAAGGCCGGGCCCUGCCGGACCUCGGGGGCAUCAGCCAUCAGACGGUGGCCGGGUUUCUCUCCACCGGCUAG